AGACAAAAAUUGAAAUAAUAGCGGAGGUGUUUGCACUGUUUAAUACAUUUGAGUUUCCACCCCUUUUUUAUUGACCUUUUACGGUAGGAAGCAACACUUGCAUUUCCUCGUCUGUCAUCUUUAUCUUGAGGAUUUUCGACGAAUUGAAAGGUCACUCUAAGUCAUCAGUCAUGUCAACUACAGAUAUAACAAAUCUAGUUAAUCGGCUAGAAACAGUUACAUGCAGAUUAGAACAAAUAGUAAGCAAACAAAAUAAUCCAUCAGUAGGAGGAGAUGGAGGAGCUAUUUUAGCACCAUCAGUAAUAGCAUAUGAUCAGAUUCUCUCUGGACCAUUAAAGACAUUUUUAACACUUAGUGAAACAAUUGGAAAGGAUGUUAAAACACAAGUAGAUAUGGUAAAUGAAGCCUUCAAAGCACAAAGAGAGUUUCUUGUUAUAGCUUCUAAAGCUAAGCAACCACCUCAAAAUGUCUUACUCAACUUAUUAAAUCCAACAUGUAAUAAAAUUGAAUAUAUUCAGGAUUUUCGUCAGCGCAAUCGAGCAAGCAUUUUUUUCAAUCACUUAUCUGCUAUCAGUGAAUCAGUAUCAGCUUUAGGAUGGGUAACUGUUACUCCUACACCUGGACCUUUUGUGAAAGAGAUGGCAGAUGCCAGUCAAUUCUAUACGAACAGAGUUCUAAUGGAUUACAAAGACAAAGAUAAAACUCAUGUUGAUUGGGCACGAGCAUGGUUACAAGUUUUAAAUGAAUUGCAAGCAUACAUAAAAAAAUUCUAUACAACUGGCCUCACAUGGAAUCCAAACGGAUGUGAUGCAAACAGUCUUGGCUCGUCUGUUUCUACUGGUGCUCCUCCACCUCCGCCUCCUCCACCUGCUGAUUUCUUUGCUGAUGUCUCAACUAAUCAAGCAGAUGAUACAAGAGCAGCCCUUUUCCGUGAAAUUAAUAGGGGCGAAGAUAUUACCAAAGGCUUAAAGAAAGUGACUGCUGAUCAGCAAACUCACAAAAACCCUAAUUUGAAACUUCAACCCACUCCAUACCGUCCUCCUCCAACAGCUCCUCGGCCUUUCAAACCAGUGAAUUCUGCUCCAUUGCAAACUAAGCCUCCAAGAUUUGAGUUAGAAGGGAAAAAAUGGUGUAUUGAACAUCAGGUUGGUAAUAAAGGACUUGUGAUAUCACAGACAGAGAUGAAUCAAUCUGUUAUUGUUUAUAAAUGCCAAGAUUGUUUGGUUACAGUACAAGGAAAAAUUAAUUCUAUUGUUUUAGAUAAUUGCAAAAAGACUGCUUUAGUCUUUGAUGAUAUUGUAUCUGUGGUAGAAGUUAUAAAUUGCCAAAGUAUACAAGCUCAGUCAAUGGGGAAAGUGCCAACAGUUGCUAUUGAUAAAACUGAUGGUGUUUUGAUAUAUUUGAGUCCCAAGUCUCUUGAUGCAGAAAUUGUUACUUCCAAGUCAUCAGAAGUGAACGUUUCUAUUCCACUAGGAAAUGGAGAUUUUGCAGAGUAUCCUCUUCCCGAGCAAUACAAAUCUACUUGGACUGGCAAAGGAAUGAAAACAGUAGUUGUCGAGUCAAAAUGAAUAGAUUCGAUUGUUUCUGCCUUUCCAGAAUUAAUUUUUGCCUGUAAAUUCAUGCAAAUCUAUCUGUGCCACCAUUAUGCAAUCCCUCGAAUCGAUUAAGUUCACAUAUUUAAAUUUUGACUAAGAAGCCUCUACAGAAUCAGAAAUAUCAAAUUAAUAAUGAUUAGAAAUCGUCGGCGACGGCAGGAUUAGAUUACCGUCGUCCUUAUUUUGGGAAACAUAGAGACGAUCAGUACGUAGCCUCUGAGAGGUUGAUGAGACAUGUUGAUAAUAGCUUUUCAUGAGAGUGCUCGAAAUUUACGACACCAAAAAAUCUUUACUCUUCUACUGAAAACCAAACAGUUGGUUUCGGUCUGUGGUGCUGUACUGUAUGGUUAAUUCAUAAUAAAUUUUAUUAAGCAAAUGUAUUUUGUUUUGUUGCAAUAAAUGAUUUAUAGUA